AUGCUUUGUUUUCCUCCUGCACCCUUGUUGUCAAAUACAGCAGGAGCCAAGAUACUUUAUUUUCAAAUUCUCGUGCACCACAUCUCUUGUGGCAUCUUCGACCAGAGGUCAGUCCAGGCACUGACCGCCUUCCGACAUCAAAUACACCUGGUUAACAGAGCCUACUCGCACACCUACCGCUUCCAUGUGCAGAAUGAGACUUCAGUUCUGGAUAUCACUGACAGUUUCGCUGUCACCAAUGCUCUCUGCCACCAUUUGUCCCGUGGGGAUCUUGCUAUCAUUGGCAACAGCUCCAGAAAUGAUUCUUACCAGAUCUACAUGAGACCCAUCUACAUCAACGCUAUCGUGGAGGUCAUCUUGCAUUACGGCUGGGACAAAGUCUUUUUCUUCUACGACACAGAUGAAGGUCUGAUCCGCCUGCAACAGUUGUUCCAGGCCACAAACAAAUACGACAAAACAAUCAUCACCAUUGACACCAAGCGGAUAACAUCGGUGGAAAAUGGAUAUGAGCUGCUGCUGGAGCUUCACAAGAUUCAGGAUACUGACCAUAGGAUACUGCUGGAUGUUAGGACUGACAGAGCCGAGCAGAUCAUCCUUAAAGUGAUGAGUAAUUCAAGCAUCAACAACGCCAGGUUCCACUUUCUUCUGGGGGAUUUAGGCAUGUUGGAAAUGAAUUUGACCAACUUUAAGAUCGGUGGGGUCAACAUUACGGGCUUCCAACUUGUGGACCCAUACAACCAGACCGCCGAGGCUUUCCUGGCAUCCUGGUCUAACCUUGACCCUAAAUACUGGCCAGGAGCUGGUACCAAAUCUCUAAACUACGAGGCAGCUCUGGCGGCAGAUGGCGUUUUGUUGUUUACCCGGGCUUUUGGCUCACUCCUACACAAGGACCCUAGUUUCCUGCGCAGAAACCGUAUGGCUAGCUACGGCAGGACCGUCAAGUGUACCGAUGACUCGGAGGUUCGUGUGGGACAGGGCCAGGCGAUUCUAGAGGAGAUGAAGAAGGUCAGGUUUGAAGGAAUAACGGGCCACGUGGCUUUCAGUGAGAGUGGACACCGGAAGGACUUUACACUGGACGUCUACAACGUGGCCAUGACCCGAGGAACUGCCAAGAUCGGCUUCUGGAAUGAGAAAGAAGGGCGGUUUCACGCACAGAUUCCGCGACUGCUGAGAGACCCGGAUGUUAUAAACGUCAACAGAACGAGAAUCGUGACAACCAUCAAGAAAGAGCCCUAUGUCAUGUUCAGACACGUCCCCCAGGAUGGGGAACCUCUUGUUGCAGACGAGAAUCUGGAAGGAUUCUGUAUUGAUUUAACCAGAGCGGUUGCCAAAAAGGUUGGUUUUGAGUACAAAUUUAUGUUCGUCAAAGAUGGAAGUUAUGGGUCGUUUUUACCUAAUGGCACAUGGGAUGGAAUCGUUGGAGAACUGAUACGACAUGCAGACAUGGCGAUAGCACCAUUUACAAUCACAGCCGCCAGGUCACAGGUCAUCGACUUCACCAAACCGUUCAUGAGUUUGGGCAUUAGCAUCAUGAUCAAACGACCCACCCCUAUCGGAAAACACUUCUUCUCCUUCAUGGAGCCCUUGUCCUCGGAGAUCUGGAUGUGCAUCGUGUUCGCUUACAUCGGGGUCAGUGUGGUGCUUUUUCUGGUCAGUCGGUUCAGCCCGAAUGAAUGGCAUAUAUCAGAAACUCAACAGACAAUCGCUAAUGACUUCUCCAUCUCCAACUCACUGUGGUUUACUUUGGGAGCUUUCAUGCAACAGGGAUGUGAUAUCUCACCAAGAUCAGUACCAGGAAGGAUAGUUGGCACUGUGUGGUGGUUCUUCACUUUAAUUAUCAUCUCUUCCUACACUGCCAACCUGGCCGCUUUUCUGACGGUGGAAAGGAUGCUGACCCCUAUAGACUCGGCUGAUGACCUUGCCCGGCAGACAGAGAUUCAGUACGGCACUAUUUCUUCUGGAAGUACCACAUCAUUCUUCAAGAACUCACAAUACCCCAUAUAUCAACGUAUGUGGGCCUAUAUGAAUGCUGCACAACCCACCGUGUUUGUGAAAACCCAUGAUGAGGGGUUGAGGCGGGUGAGAGAGUCCAAUGGGAAAUAUGCAUACAUUACUGAGUCGACAACUAUUGAUUACGUCAGCAAUAAGAAGCCUUGUGACACUCUGAAAGUUGGUGGCAACUUGAACCAGGACAGCUUUGGGAUCGCAACGCCAGUUGGUUCAGACUUGAG